AUGACAGUCAAAGCAGCUUUCGUUGGGGCGACUGGGGCAACUCUCAGUCAUGUGCUUGCCUGGACACUGAUGGCUGGCCACAAAGCUGCAGCACUCGUUCGAGAUGCCACCAAGUUGAGGAAAAUGCUCAUCUCAUACGACGUCCCCGAGUCUGUCAUCGACACAAACCUCGCCAUCGUAGAAGGUCCAUCUUCCCGCUCUGUACACGCAUGUGUUGAGCUUCUCCGUCACGAUCCCGAAAUCAUCUUCAGUCGCAUCACGGCCUUGCCCAAAUUUCAACUAAACCCAUUCAAACCCGUCCCAAUGCAAGACCUCACGAUCACGGGAGACUCAGCCGCUGCGGUUAUUGAGGCAUUGCAUCAGCUCAAAAAUGCGGGGGCAAUCAACAAUAGCCCUGUCUUUGUUCCGAUCUCUUCAUCUGGGCAAGACAUCAAACGCGACCAGCCUUUGGUCAUGAUUCCACUGUACAUCUGGCUCUUGCACGCGCCCCAAGCUGACACGACAGCUAUGGAGAAGGCGAUCAAGAAAUGCGCAACAGAGCCAGGGUCGCCACUCGGAGGGUACGUUAUGAAAGGGCUUGAGAGCCUCAGGGUAGGCUGGACCGUUGAGGAUGCUGGCCUGAUUGAAGGUGCUGCGCAUGAACCAGGAGUCACCGUAGGGUAUACCAUUAGCAGGUUAGAUUUGGCGAACUGGAUGUUCAAAGAGCUUAUCCAAGGAAACGUUCUGGCAUUGAAAGGGAAGUAG